GCUGUCGGCAGUUGCACGACUAUCCCUGGUUUAUCAUUGUACUCUUUAAAGAAGCAUAGGUGUUGCAGUCGUGCUUGUGGAACGGAUGGAAAAACUCGCUCUGGUAGAAACAUAUCGACUAUCUGAAGAGCGAUUAACUAUUGAAGAAGGGAUUCAUGCGAUUGAGGCGCAUCUUAUGCAUGGGGCGGAUGUCAAUUUCCUUGUUAAUUCGAUACUGCAAGUGCAGGAGGGUGUGAGUAGAAGUCAGAAACCUGUAAAGGAUAUGGAAGAGGACGAGUUUGAGGAAGAAGAAAUAACAGAAGCAUUUCGUGCAGAGGAAUAUGAUGGCGUGUAUCGAGAAUUGGGGUCGCUUCUCUCGUGUGAGAUUAGGGAGAGAGAGGUUUCCCUAAGGGUGCAUGAGAUGCGGCCGCGAUUUGCAGUGCAUGAUGGACACCUCUUUAUCAAAAACGAGGUUGGAAAUCCAAGGCGAGUGAUUUGCGGAAGACAUUGCCAGAUCGAUGUGAUAGCAGCACUGCACGAUGGACCUGCUGGAGGUCAUAGAGCUUUUGCGCUUACUUAUGCUAAGGCACGCAAGCUUUACUACUGUGAAGAUAUGAGCGAGAUGAUUCGUAAGUAUUGCGAGUCGUGUGUUCCAUGCCAGAUCAGAGUCUCAACGAAGUAUAAGGAGCCUCUACAUCCGAGGAUUGUGCGAGAUGCAGGGGCAGUGGUCCAUUUGGACCUACUGGCCAUGCCACCGGGAGUGAGAGGCUAUAAUUACAUUUUCGACGCUCGCGAUAAUCUCACAGGUUUUGUGGAUGGGAGGGUCAUCCGCAAUAAGACAUGUGAGACUCUGGCUAUGUGCAUCAUGGAAUACUUUCUCAGAUAUCCCUUUGUCAUGGAGUUUGUGAUGGACAGAAGUUCCGAGUUCACCUGUGGAGAGGUAAACGACUUGCUGCGGGGAUAUGGUGUGAAGGCAAGCUAUACGACAAGGGCUCAUCCACAGGCAAAUGCUCCGGUGGAGAGGGGUCAUACCACCCUUACAAACUUAUUGGUAAAGUGGACGGAUGGUAAAGAAAAUCAGUGGCCUAAGCAUCUGCGCGCAGCCUUCUUCGUGGAAAAUAUUACAAUCAAGAGGUCCACGAAGUAUGCCCCAGCGGCUUUAUGUUAUGGAAGGCACGCUACGCUUCCUAUAGAGAGCUUUCUGACGACGUGGAGGCGGCAGGAUAUGGAGACCAACUUGACCUUCGAAGGAUUGCUGGAUUUGCAGGCAAGGCAGGUUGGCAUUGCGGAAGAGAGAAUUCAGGAAGCCGCGGAUGGAGUGAUGGACAGUCGUAUGAAGGACAAGGAGAGGUGGGACCACCUUCCGCGAGUCAGAAAGGAGCCACUCGAAGUGGGAGAUGUAGUGUUGUUGUAUGACUCGUCUCUGGAGAAACAAUGGUUGCGUAAAUUGGACAAGCGAUGGUUAGGUCCUUACCGUAUUCGACGGUGUGGGCAACAUGGGGCGUAUGAGAUCGAAGAGUUAGAUGACACGCCAUGGAGUGAUUGGGUUUCAGGUUGGGCCCUCAGAUUAGAUUCCUCCCAGUUGAUGGAGCGAGUUAGGGGUACAGGUAGGUAUAUGGAAUGCGUGGCUCGGAUUACGAGAGACUCUUUGGAUUGGCGUCAGUUCGCCAUGAGGGUGCUGAGGUUGAGACCCCAGCCUUUGGAUCGACGGGGUAGGCCCAUGCGUUUCGACGGGGCCAACCUGGACGAGUUUCUUGAGAGUUUCGCCAUCUUAGCCAGUGAGCAGAGAUGGACUGAGGUGCAGGGUAUCCGACAGAUUCGACAUUGGAUUAUUCCUAAGCUCAUACACGAGGUGAGUGCGUUGAUACCCUCCACAUUGUCCUGGAGGGGGCUUGAGGCAACACUUAGAGGAGCGUUUCCAGCUAGUAGGAGGCGCAGUUUGUAUAGGGGAGAUCGGGAUUAUAUCCCAGAGUUUAGGAUAUGGGUUGGGGAGCGACAACGGGAUCGUAGGCAGGGAGGAGAUGAGCAGCACGAUAUCCCGCGUGUGCAUCAUAUGGAGAGAGGAGCGGAUUAUGGUGAGACAGUUGUAGAGGCUGCUUAUGAGGAGAGAGCCAGUGUCGUUGAGAGGCCAGCUGAGGCUACGGUCGGAGGAGAGGAGGCUAUAUUACCUACGGGUGAGUGGCAUGACGGCUCGUCGGCGCCGAGUGUGGAGGUAGUGCGAGAGCUCGAGGCAGAGAGAGCUGGUCAGCAGGAGACUCGGAGAGUGGAGGAGAUUGUUCAGCCACAUGAGACGGCGGUGGCCCCAGACAUAGGAGCGGAUACGUUGGGAGGUUCGCUACCUCAGCAGGAGAGUGUGUCCCGAGCAUCGUCAGGAGAUAGGGGAGAUCGACCGCUGAGGUGGAGGGACACCCAUGGUGUGAUAGAUGGGCUGCCAGUGAUUGAGGUGCGGUCUACGGAUGAGCCGGUCACUACAUCAGUAGGGCAAGAGCAGCAGGGGGAUGUUGAGACAUUGCUAUCGCUAGGGGAGCUGUCUGCGUUGGAGGAGCCUCAGACGGGUGAGGAGGCGCAGAGAUCUGAGGAUUCCCUGACUACCCUACUUUAUACUAUUGAGUCCUCUAGCCUGUUGAUGCGGCAGGGAGAGUCCCGAUUGGCGGACGGAGAGAGAGAGACGCAGCGUAUAGAAGAUGAGGUGCUGAGGAUAGACCCGAGGGCCCACAUGGAUGAUCUCCACGCAGACGGCUUGGUGUCGUCACCGCUAGUCUUCGAUGAGACUCCUCGUCGAGAUGACGAGAGAGAGGGAGGCAGUAUGGGUGCUCAUGCCGAGACAGAUAUGAGGUCUACUCAGGAUGAGCCGGAGACGCAGAGAGGGGAGCCCUGAACUGAGACACAGAGGGUAUAGGAGCGCGAGCAGGCUGGUGGAGACACAUGGUUAGCUGAGGAGAUGAGGAGGAUGCCGCCAUUACGUUUCCCUAGUUGGAAGGCUUUUGAGC